AUGACUUUAUGUGUAUAUGUUCUACAGCUGCACUCCAAUUCCGACAAAGGUGAUGGAUCAGUCAAAUACAUCCUCACUGGAGAAGGGGCAGGAACUAUAUUUAUUAUUGAUGACACGACUGGCGACAUCCAUUCAACCAAAAGCCUAGAUCGAGAGCAGAAGACACACUAUGUGCUUCAUGCCCAAGCUAUUGAUAGACGGACAAACAAGCCACUUGAGCCUGAAUCUGAAUUCAUUAUCAAAGUGCAGGAUAUCAACGACAAUGCACCAAAAUUUACAGAUGGACCGUACAUUGUUACUGUGCCAGAGAUGUCUGAAAUGGGUACAUCUGUUCUACAGGUGACAGCCACAGAUGCAGAUGACCCUACAUAUGGAAACAGUGCCAGAGUAGUGUACAGCAUUCUUCAGGGACAGCCAUAUUUCUCUGUUGACCCUAAAACAGGAGUCAUCAGGACUGCCUUGCACAACAUGGACAGGGAAGCCAGAGAGCAUUAUUCCGUUGUCAUUCAAGCCAAAGAUAUGGCUGGGCAGGUUGGAGGGCUGUCAGGGUCAACAACUGUAAAUAUCACACUCACUGAUGUCAACGACAAUCCACCCAGGUUUCCUCAGAAACAUUAUCAACUGUAUGUUCCUGAAUCAGCUCAAGUUGGAUCAGCAGUUGGCAAAAUCAAAGCAAAUGAUGCAGACACUGGUUCAAAUGCAGACAUGAAGUACACAAUUAUAAAUGGUGAUGGCUCUGGGGUGUUCUCCAUAUCUACUGACAAAGAAACAAGGGAAGGAAUUCUUUCCCUGAAGAAGCCACUCAACUAUGAAAAAAAGAAAUCAUAUACACUUAAUAUAGAAGGAGCAAACACUCACCUUGAUUUCCGCUUUUCACACUUGGGACCAUUCAAAGAUGUAACAAUGUUGAAGAUCAUUGUUGGUGAUGUGGAUGAACCUCCGCUCUUCACUAUGCCUUCCUAUGUCAUGGAAGUUUAUGAAAAUGCAAAGAUUGGGACUGCUGUUGGCACAGUAACGGCACAAGAUCCUGACACUGCCAACAGUUUAGUGAGGUAUUUCAUAGAUCAUAACACAGAAGAAGAUAGGUAUUUCACCAUUGAUGCUAGUACUGGGACCAUUAAGACUGCCAAGGUCUUUGACAGAGAGGACACACCUUGGUACAACAUCACAGUGGCUGCUUCUGAGAUAGACAAUCCUGGGCUAGUGAGUCACGUUCCAGUUGGUAUUAGAAUCCUGGACAUCAAUGACAACCCUCCAGAGCUCGCCAGAGAGUAUGAUAUAGUUGUCUGUGAGAAUGCAAAGCCUGGUCAGGUAAUUCAGACUAUCACUGCAACUGACAAAGAUAACUCUGCAAAUGGGGCAAGAUUCCAUUUUUCCCUUGAUGAAGGGCUUUCUUUGAAUCCCAACUUUACUCUAAGGGACAAUGAAGAUAAUACAGCCAGUAUCCUGACAAGACGAAGGAGAUACAGUCGAACUACUCAAGAUAUCUAUUACCUCCCAGUUUUGAUUUCUGAUGGUGGAGUGCCCCCUCUCAGCAGCAGCAGUACUCUCACAAUUAGGGUUUGUGUGUGCGAGAGAGACGGACGAGUGCGAACUUGCCAUGCUGAAGCUUUCCUCUCCUCGGCUGGCUUGAGCACAGGAGCUUUAAUCGCAAUCCUGCUCUGUGUUGUCAUUCUUCUUGCAAUUGUCAUCCUUUUCAUCACCCUGAGACGCAGCAAGAAGGAACCCUUGAUCAUUUCAGAAGAAGAUGUCCGGGAAAACGUUGUGACAUACGAUGAUGAGGGCGGCGGAGAAGAAGACACAGAAGCAUUUGACAUCACAGCACUGCGGAAUCCAUCAGCUGCUGAGGAGCUGAAAUACCGGAGGGAUGUUCGUCCUGAAGUGAAGCCUGUGCCCAGGCAUCAUCCCUCCUCAAGCCUUGACAGUAUAGAUGUUCAGGAGUUCAUUAAACAGAGACUGGCAGAGGCUGAUCUGGACCCCAGCGUGCCCCCGUAUGACUCGCUACAGACAUAUGCCUAUGAGGGUCAUAGAUCAGAAGCUGGGUCUAUCAGCUCUCUGGAUUCAGCCACAACACACUCUGACCAGGAUUAUAAUUACCUUGGAGACUGGGGACCCGAGUUCAAGAAGCUGGCUGAACUCUAUGGGGAAAUAGAAUCAGAAAGAACAACUUAG